AUGGCUCAACAAAAUACUAUGAAGACAAGGGCCCUUGGUAAGGACGAAAUACUCUUUCUGCUUGACUUGAUUUCCAAGCAAAAAGUAAUUACUACUAAAGCUACGAAUGCCACAAAUAAUAAAUUAAAGGAAGAGGCUUGGAAAUCUAUAGCGCAGGAGUUUAGUGCGAUGGCGGGAGAAUUGCGGCGUCCUGAGCAACUACGCUUAAAGUGGGAAAACUUAAAGAAGUCGUCAAGAAAACGCAAUGCAUUGAUAAGACAAAAUAAUUUAAAGACUGGAGGUGGAAAGAUGUACAUCCCUCCCGAUGAAGCACUAGAUCGUGUAACAUCUAUGUUAGGUGCAACAUGCACGGGGUUCACUGUGGAAUUUGGUGGUGAUGGGGAAAGUGAAAUGAUUCCACCAGAUGCAGUGGUGGAACUCAUGGACUUACAACCUUUACCGGAGCAUUCAGAAGCUGUAACUAGUGAUUUGGUGAUGGGAGAUGGUGGUAGUGCUGAGUGUGGUGGUAAUAGUGAGAAAAUUUUCACACCAAAAAGAUUUACUUUUAAUAAUCCUUACAAACCCUUAAAGAAACGCCAAAAACCCUCUGAAGAACUAUUACGGGCUCAGAUAAGCAAGGAAUUAGCCAUGGCUGCUUAUUUUGAAGCCAAAACUGAAGUGGUUAAACUUGAAAAAGUUAAACUGCAGCUAGAAAUAGAAAAAUUAAACAAGUGA